AAUACGGAAGUAAAACGGGGUUUGUUUUGUUUGUGGCAACCAUUCUUUCCUUGUGAACGAAGCGAAAACUCGCUGAAAAUCCAACUCUGUCCACUGAAAAUGUCUAAAUUACAGUUGUUGCAUGUGUUUUUAAAUGAACGUUUAAAGGCGGCUGCUGUGGAGAUUUUCGGAGCAGUUGAGAAAACGGUAGCGGAGUACCAGGAGGAGAAUUAUCGUCUACGGAGACUACUGCGGAUAACACCGGACAUAAAACCAUACUCCUUGCAGCUCUCUCUUGCUGUUUCUGAAGAGAAUAUUCCCUGUGAGCAGCAACACUUUGAUCAGGAGUGGAGCCCCAGUCUGGGGCAGGAGGACCCAGAGCCCACACAGAUUAAACAAGAACAUGAGGAACUCAGGCCCAGUCAGGAGGAAGAGCAGCUUCAAGGGCAGGAGGCUGACAUCAUAGAGUUCAAAUUACCUCAUCUUUAUUUGAAAAGUGAUUGUGAUCAGGUGAACCCUCUUCAUUCCUUGACUCUUCCCCAAACCCAGAUGGUGGAGAAGAGAGAGAGUGCCUCUAAAUCAGUGGAUCUCAUACCAUUUGUCACUGUUACCCACCUGAAGAGUCUUGACAUUCCCUGUGACACUCCAGAUAAUCAAAACAAUGCCUACAGUCACAGCUCAGCUGUAAGCAGUGACCCAGUAGGACUUGACAGCAGCCCACCAUUGGAUCCCAUCUCAUCAAUGGGGGAACACUGUUCCAAACCCAGCACCACGUCUCGAAAAACUCACCGCUGCUGUGAGUGUGGUGAAACUUUUGCUCUGAAAGCUGACCUUCAGGGGCAUGUGACUCUCGCCAAGAAGAGACCCAGUGAAUGCUGCCUCUGCAAAAAACGGUACAACUCCACCUGUAAAUUGAAGGCCCAUGUCAGACUCUGUCACGUGGAGAAACCCUCCACCUGCCCCUUUUGUGGAAAGACCUUCAAACUCAAAGGAGAUCUGUCCAGACAUACGAGGAUUCACACAGGAGAGAAACCAUUUAGCUGUGGAGACUGUGGUAAGAGUUUCAAUCAGAAGGGACACCUAACUGAACAUAUAAGGACUCACACCGGAGAGAAACCAUUUAGCUGUGGUGACUGUGGGAAAAGCUUCAUUCAGAAGGGGGACCUAAGGAGGCACGUACUGACUCACACCGGAGAGAAACCAUUUAGCUGUGGUGACUGUGGGAAAAGCUUUAAUCGGAAGGGAAACCUGAACUUGCACAUACUGACUCACACAGGAGAGAACGUCCAAAAAUAAAGAAACAAGUCAAGAAAACAGAAUGAAAACACAAAGAGGAAACGAAUUAGGACAAAGACAUCUUGUCUGAAGAUGGACAACACGCUUUGGAAUCUCUUGAUCAUUCAUUCUCUGGAUUUCAGACAAAUAGAUGUCAUGAAUUUACUUUUGUAAAAUGUUCUAUGUAAAAAAAAAUGUUUUUAAA